AUGUCCCUCGUUUCAUUCUCCCUGCUUGUGCUUGCUGCGACUGGCUCGGCGUAUGUCGCCCCAAGCAGCGGCACCAUGCAUCAACCUGACGCAAGAGAGGCACCAAGCUGUGACUGCAAAAAUGACUGCACAAACACUCUGAACAACGCCACGCUCAAAGGCAUAUAUCGUUGCGGAGAUCCUCUUCUCGGUCCUGUCAAGUGGCCCACCAAGGCCCCUCUUCAAGAUCUGCUUGAGCAUUGGGAGCCCUACGCGGGACAGUGCCCCGGUGCAUACUUGGUGGACAAGUUGAACCCCUCAACCAGAAGCUAUGUGUAUCCCGAAAAGGAUGGAUUUAUGCUUGAUUGCAUGGGUAAUGCUAUAAGAGAGAGGUACGACUUGACCCCAGGUCAACUGGUUGAUCGGUUCGGGCCCCCGACCAGCGCAUUCCUGGGCGACCCUGGCAUGUCGUAUGAAAAGCGAGCUAUUACACCUAAAAACUUGAAUUUCGAAGCGAACGGAAAGUCGCCCUACCACGUGUAUAAGGUUCUGAAGAAUCUCCCGGUCCAUGGUGGCACUAUCAGGCCCGCGUUUGGGCAGCCUGGCGGCGGAUAUCAGUAUGUCCUUGUCGACUUGACCGCCACGUCGAAGGCUUUGGAACAGGGCUACUUGACCGAGAUCGAUCUGGACAGCCAACUUAAUGGACGGUGCGAGCCUAAUGAGACUGAGUGCGCCGUCAACACCAAUGUGGGAGGUGGCGGCAAAAUAGGCUUAAAGACUUGCAAUGCCGACGGUAGCAAAUGGGAGGGAUACCGCCUCUAUCGCCUUAUCGGCGAUCCCUAUAGCUAUGCCCGCCGCCGCCGCUACUACUACUACCCCUACCGCCGCCGCCGGAGCUAG